CAAUUGGCUUCAAAAUGUCAGGCGCUAAACAAGAAACCGGAGGUUAGUUUCGCAUACAAACAAGAUGGCGGACUUGCUGAUCGACAAUGAGUUUCAAACUCUGAGGAAUCGCUUCAAAAAAGACGCAGAAUUUCUUUUGAACGGAGUUGCAGACAAUGAUAACGACGAAAAGAGUCGAGAAAGCAAAGAAAUCAAACCCCUCUCACGGUUUAAUCGUCAUUCUGUUUUUUGGAUCAUGGCAUCUGUCGGAUUGACCUACUACACAGACUUCUUUCCGGUCCUUUUAAGGGAUGCGAACAUUAAAAGCUGGUGGUUCAACAUUGGUGUCGCACUGCUGGGGGUCAGUCUGGCCCUUGCGCUUUUCAGCAUUGUUUACCUCGAGUGGUUCCGGGGUAUCCGCCAGUACGACGUGCAGUACCCGGCCAUUGCCCCUGUCACCACAGCCGCGUUCAUCGCAGCGUCAUGCAGCUUUAACAUAGCACUUUGGCCUGUGUGGUCGGUGUUCACUCCUGUAAUCCUGUUCACCCAAUUCAUGGGAAUGGUGAUGUUCAUCUCUCUACUUGGGUAGCAGACGAAGAUUUCUCUUCAGAAACCACUUUCAUCUGAACAUCGUCAUAUUUGAUAAAGCACAAACUUGAUACUAAAUAUUAGUCUUUUUUAACCUUUUCUGCUGGAUGUCUUCAUUGUAUGUGAUACGAGAAUUGUAGCAAGGCUUUGUAUUUGCUUUAAAAUUUGAUUUACAAAGUAUUUCAGCGUUUUGUUUUCAGACAGUUUGUCAGUGAUCUGAAAAGCCAAAAGCUGAAUGUCAGAGUAAUGACACGAUUGCUCUGCUUCACUCAGAUUAACGCACUUUUACAAUGUCUGACAACUGUUUUGUUCUAUUUUUUUCUAAUUAAAAUAUAGUUGUAUAAAACCUAAAUGUGAACUAAUGCCGUAUGAAGCUCGCAAGUUUCUGUGGGUUUAAUUUCUCCUUCUUACCAGUUUCCCAAUAAAAACGAAAAUGAACGAAUAAGCCUGUGCAGCCUGUUUGUGCAGAAAGCCGGAGCACAA